AUGUUGGACACACUGUGGCUGCUUAGCUUUUUUCUCCCGACUCUGGGAGCCCAGAUAUUAAUCAGUUGUGCCUACAAGAGUCUCUGCGAGCUGGCCCUACUCUCGGGUAAUGAUGUUGUCCUGCAAUGUGACCACCCCAGGGCACUUUGGUACUUCUCUUCCAUUCAUGGGGAGGAUGGCCUUCUACUGUCUUCAAUGUCCAAUGUGAAGCAACUGCCUGGAGGCAGCCUACAACUGACCAACCCACAGCCCUCCCAGACAGGCCUUUACAGCUGCAAAGAUAAUGACAAUUUUCUAGUGGUAGAGUUUGAGAUUGACUUCCAGGACAUUACCACCCUUCAUAUUACACAUAAAGACCUGGGUCAAAAACCCCUACAGAAUGAGACCCUGAACCUGGGUGGUACGGUCCUCAUUUUCACCCACUGGGAACCCUGGCAGGACUGUAACCGCUGUGGGGAGCCAGGCGAACACAAACGCCUGGGGUACUGUUACAUCAAGGAGCCUCUAGAAAAACCCAUGCCUUGCAGGCUCUAUCUGAGAGAGGAGAAGAUGCAGUUCAGCCGCAUGCGGCCUGAACUGCAGGUGGAAUCCUGUCUUGUACCCUGCAAUCCCAGCCAGGAAAUCAACCAGCCUUACUUCAUCUUUGACAUUUACCAGCCCGGCAAGUUGACCAACAACGUAUGGCUCACCUGUCCCUUGGCCUCCAUUUACAGGUGA